UGUAAAAGUUACCAUGCUAACCAUUUCUAAGUGUACAAUUCAGUGGCAGUAAGUACAUUCACAGUGUUGUGUGACCAUCACUACCAUCUAUUUCCAUAACUUUUCAACAUUCCAGAAACUCUGUAUACCCUUUAAGCUAUAGGGGAGGAAAAAUGGCUUCUGUCCUAGGUUCUUUGGCUGGGCUAUGAAUUAAACUGACAUAAGACAGAUUAACAGGGGAAACCCCAUAUUUAAUUAUAUACAUACACUUGGGUGUCCCACAAAAUGUGAAACUGAGAAGAGUCGGUGGUUGAAACUUAGGUAGCCUUCUGAGCUGCAGAAGGGAACAGAGGCUGGGGGCUACUGGGGGUGGUGGAGACAGGUUAUGAGAGGGCUGAGGAGGAACCGUGUGGUGAGUAAAGUUCUCAGGUAAUAAAAGUUGUCUUGGAGCAGCUCUCUUCUGAUGCAGAUACUUUUACUAAUGUAGAUUUCCUUUAUAGAUGUAAGUUUCUUUUUUUUUUUACAAAAGGACAGCUUUUCAGCGCUAUUCCUGGGCCUGCAGUUUCUCAGAAUAACCAGCUCAAAAUAUGCCACAGAAGAAUAUUUUGGGGUGGCAUAUUCUGAUCUCCUACCGUCAUAUUUUGGAAUGGUGUGUCCUGAGUCCCAGCAAAGCAGUAGCUCCUCACUUCCCUCUUCCCCUAGCCCAUGCAAUCCACGGAGGAGGAGGAGGAGGAGGAGUUCCAGUUCCUGCGCUGCCAGCGCUGUAAGGCGGAAGCCAAGUGCCCCAAGCUGCUGCCUUGCCUGCACACGCUGUGCUCUGGAUGCCUGGAGGUGCCGGUCACGCAGUGCCCCAUCUGCCAGGAGCCCUGGCCCCCAGGCUCUGACUUGCUACCCCUGGAUAACGUCUUUUUCGAGAGUCUGCAGCGGCGUCUGUCGGUGCACCGGCAGGUCAUGGACGAGAGGGCAGUUUGCGUCCGCUGCAGAGAGUUGGCAGACUUUUGGUGCUUUGAGUGUGAGCAGCUCCUCUGUGGCAAGUGCUUCGAGGCGCACCAGUGGUUCCUCAAGCACGAGGCCCGGCCCCUGGCCGAGCUGCGCAGCAAGUCGGUGCAUGAGUUCCUGGAUGGCACGCGCAAGUCCAACAACAUCUUCUGCUCCAACCCCAACCACCGCACCCCUGAGCUGACCAGCAUCUACUGCCGGGGCUGCCGCAAGCCGCUGUGCUGCUCGUGCGCGCUCCUGGACAGCGACCACAGCGCGCUCAAGUGCGACAUCAGCGCGGAGAUCCGGCAGCGGCAGGAGGAGCUGGACGCCAUGACGCAGGCGCUGCAGGAGCGGGACGGCGCCUUCGGCGCGGCGCAUGCGCAGCUGAGCGCGGCCGUCGGCCAGCUGGCCCGCGCGCGCGCCGACACGGAGGAGCUGAUCCAGGCGCGCGUGCGCCAGGUGGUGGCGCUCGUGCUGGCGCAGGAGCGCGAGCUGCUGGAGGCGGUGAACGAGCGCUACCAGCGCGACUAUGAGGCGAUGGCGAGCCGGCUGGGCAGCCUGGACGCCGUGCUGCAGCGCAUCCGCACCGGCGGCGCGCUCGUGCGGAGGAUGAAGCGCUACGCAUCGGACCAGGAGGUGCUGGACAUGCACGGCUUCCUGCGCGAGGCGCUCUGCCGCCUGCAGCGGGAGGAGCCCCAGAACCUGCAAGCCGCCGUGCGCACCGAGGGGUUCGACGAGUUCAGGGCGCGCCUGCAGGACCUCAUCUCCAGCAUCACCCAGAGGACAGAUGCAGUUCUCUCCAGGAGAGCCAGCCCAGAGGCUACCAGCACUCUCAGGGACUCUUCUGACAUUGACUCGCCUGAGGAGACCCAGAGAGUCCAGAUGCAGGCACCGGCCCAGGCGUUGGGGCUGGCCGAAGCCCAGCCCGUGGCAGUGGUGCAGUCGGUGCCGGGGGCACACCCUGUGCCGACGUUUGCCUUCUCCAUCAGAGAUGCCUCCUAUGGAGAGGAGGUCUCCAAUACGGCCACGCCCCAGAAGAGGAAGUCCUGCCAGACCCAGUGCCCCAGGAAGCUCAUCAAGAUGGAGUCUGAGGAGGAGAAGGAGGCAAGGUUGGCCCUGAGCUCCCCAGAGCAGCCCAGGCCCAGCACCUCCAAGGCAGUCUCGCCACCCUGCCUGGACAGGCUGCCCAGCCCCAGGAGCCCCUUCACGGAAACUGAUUUCAACCUGCCCAACAGCAACCAUGCGACCGGCAGCCCUGGGGAGGCAGAGGAGCGCGUCGUGGUGAUCAGCAGCUCGGAAGACUCAGACGCCGAACACUCGUCCUCCCGAGAGCAGGACGACAGCAGCAGCGAGUCCAGUGACCUCCAGCUGGAGGGCCCCUCCCUCAGGGUCCUGGAAGCGAACCUCGAUGAACUCCAAGCGGAAGACAGGCCCCUGGUUUUCUUUGACCUCAAGAUUGACAAUGAAACCCAGAAGAUUAGCCAGCUGGCAGCCGUAAAUCGGGAAAGCAAGUUCCGUGUGGUCAUCGAGCCCGAGGCCUUCUUCAGCAUCUACUCCAAGGCCGUCUCCCUGGAGGUGGGGCUGCAGCACUUCAUCUGCUUCCUGAGCUCCAUGCGCCGCCCCAUCUUGGUCUGCUACAAGCUGUGGGGGCCUGACCUCCUGAGCUUCUUCUGGGCCCUGGAGGACAUUAACAGGCUGUGGGAAUUCCAGGAGGCCAUCUCGGGCUUCCUGGCUGCCCUGCCCCUUAUCCAGAAGUGCGUGCCCGGGGCCAGCAGCUUCAAACUCAAGAACCUGGCCAAGACCUACCUGGCAAGAAACAUGAGCGAGCGCAGCGCCAUGGCCACCGUGCUGGCCAUGCGGGACCUGUGCCACCUCCUCGAGGUCUCCCCGGGGCCCCAGCUGGCCCAGCACAUCUACCCCUUCAGUAACCUGCAGUGCUUCGUCUCCCUGCAGCCGCUGGUGCGGGUGUCCAUGCUGACCCGGGCCGAGGCCCGCCUCCUGGCCCUGCACAACGUGAGCUUCCUGGAGCUGCUGCGCGCAUACCGCCAAGACCCGCAGGGGGGCCUGAAGAGGUACAGCUGCUACCUGAGCCUGCAGUCCGCUGUGUCGCCCCCCGCCCAGCCGGACCUCAGACUGCAGGCUCUGAGCUCCUACUUUGAAAGCCUACUGAAGGGGCCCGCCUCAGCACGGGCCGACGGCAUCGCUACUCCUCUCGCUGGCCACGGCUUGGCAGAAGGGGCCUCCCAGAAGAGCUGAAAGGAGGGAUGACUGGCUUGGGCUCUCUGGUGGGCAGAGAGGGAUGGGGUUUCUCUGAGCCAGGCCUCACCCAUCACAGCAUUCCUAGGUCCUGGUACCCAGUAUUCAGUUGUUAUUUGGUCCAGAAUCAGUUCCCUUUCUCUGGGAUCCAAUUCCUCUUCUCUAAAAAUCCUACAACGAAGGUUCCAAGUACAAACACCCACCACCCUGGAGGCAGACCAGACCCCCGGCCCCUCCCUCCUGGAGCCAGAACCAGGGAGGUCCUGACUGAGGAAGGCACGACCUCUGGGCUCCCUAAGUGGCCCCAGUCUUGCCCCAGCCCUCCCACCUGCUGCCACCUGGGUGUCCUUGCAGCUCCUCCCAGACCCCAGCCACUGCCUCAAGGGACCUGCUGACAGCUCCCACAGAGAGCGGACUGAGGUCUGACUGCAGCCUCAGCAACCCUGCAGGAACCCAAAGUGCCUUUCAAACCAAACUGCCACUCCUGAGUUUGGGUUCUCCCAGCCUCUGCCUGCCCGGAGGCCAGCUCUGUUCACGUCCCCUCUCCUCCUCACAUCAUCAAAGAUGGUUGCCAUGCCUGAGCCCACUUCCACAGUCUGACCCUCAAAGCUUGCUUCCUUCCUCCUGGCCACACAAAUGCCUCUGCCUAGUCUGGCUUUCUCUUUGGUCAUCAGGCCACCAGCAUGGCCCUACCAGCAUGGCCCUUCACAGCCUCCACCCUCAGUCCUCCCAAGGAAUGUCCCGCACCACUCAGCUUGUAGUCCAGGGAUCUGCAGCAUUGCAUCUCCUGAGAGCUUCUUAAAAAUGCAGGCCCACGGGCUCUCCCUUAGACCCCUGGAGUCAGAAUCUUUGGGGGUGGGACCCAGUGAUCUGUGUUUUAACAGGUCUCCAGAUCAUUCUGACGCAUGUGCAAGUUUGAGAACCACUGCUCUAAUAGACCACACUGCUGAGGGGAAGCAGUGUGCAACAGCAGAGAAAGUUCUGUCCCUGUUCCUGCCUGUGUGCAUUGAGUGUGACCUAGGAAAAGGCCCCCUCCUGAGCUCCAGUGUCCCCAUCUGUAAAAUGGGUUGAUUGGGCUGCCUGGUCUCAGAGCCCCCAUCCAGCUUUGCCAUCCUAGAUUUUCAGGAGUAGACAACAGGCCUCUGAGGCAGUGGACAAAAAGAUUUCUCAUCCUUGAACCCUAGCUCCCAUUCUAUGCCACUGCUCCCCAACCUUGUGGGCAAACCAGACAUCAGCAGCAGAACGCAAGCAGGUCAAGCCUGUCCCUCUCGUUAGCAGAACCACUGUCCCAUCCUCCUCCCUCUCUUCCCUGAUCCUGGGAUGCUUCCCAAACAGCCCAGGCCUCCAGCCUCAAUGGCUGAUGGCCUCAGCCUUCACAUCAGUGAAAUCUGUGUACCCUGCUUCAGCCCCAUCCAGGAGGUGCCCUGAAGAUCCACUGAGGAAUCUGUAGGAACCUGUUCCCCCUGUGGGAGUGCUGGCUUUCACAGGGAACUCAGAUGCAUUUAAAAUAAGAUUCUGAUGCCAGACUGUUAAAGCCAGUGUUGGCUCUGAGGAUCCUAUGGAAACAGGCUGAUGGAUGAAGGGGAGGUAGGAGGCUGGGACCCCUCCCCCGGCUGUGCUGACAGUCUCUGCAGCUGGCAAGGCAGCACCUGGGCAGCUCCUCCUGUCAUCCUCCCCCCGGCCUAGCCGCGGCAGCGGCACCCGCUGGCUUCCAGUCGCACCGUGCUUGCUAGCUUCAGAUGUGGUUGAGGGGCACUCUGCCCUAUCUCCACUGUCUCAGCCUUUAAUAAAGAUGUGACUCUUGAA